GGCCAGACCAAACAAAUUUCGCAAACUUAUGGAAGUUCCUUAGUUUUUCAACGAAAAUGGACGAAGAAGAGCAUCUGCAUCGUUUUGGCACUCCCCUGGAGCCGCUGGAGAAGGAUGAGGUGCCCGCCAAGAAGCCGGUGGCUAUCGAGGAUCAAAUCGUCAAGGACGAGAAUGGUAAGCGGCGAUUCCACGGCGCCUUCACCGGCGGCUUCAGCGCCGGUUUCUGGAACACCGUGGGCUCCCUCGAGGGCUGGACACCGCAGACAUUCAAGAGUUCGCGUGCGGAGAAGGCUACUCCAAGGGCCCUGCAAAAGCCGGAGGAUUUCAUGGACAAGGAGGACCUGGGUGAGUUUGGUAUUGCUCCCCAGGGUGUGCGCACCCGCGACGAGUUCGCCAAGGAGGAUGAGCAAGAACAGCGUUCCGGUCAGCGGCGCAGGAAGCUAAUGCAGCCGGAGCUUGUGGGGCCUAUUCCUGGGAUGCCAGUGCUGGAGCAGCUGUUGCGCCCGGUGCGCGACAAAGUGGCUGUGCGGAUACUCAAGAGCAUGGGCUGGAAGCCUGGUCAGGGAGUGGGUCCGCGGCAAACCCGGAUGGAGAAGCGUCUGGCUACCGCGCGAAACCAAAGGGAACAGUAUCUCCUAGAGCACUAUGGUGCCGAGGGAUUGCCCUCGAAGUCGGUUACAAAUGAGGGUCACAGCAGCGGCGGCGAUGAGGGGGACGACGACGAAGACGAUGAGGACAUAACCUUUGCCCCGGAUGACUACGAGCCCAUCUUCUACACUCCUAAAGAGAAUCGCUUCGGCAUGAGCUACUCCGGCCUUAGUCGCGAUCCUAUCCUCUCCAAAUCCUCCUCAUCCAGCUCUGCCACGCCCAUGCAGCACAUCAAUCUCUUUGGGCAGCUGGAGGCCAAGGCCAGGAGCAAGCAGCUCUCCAUUCGAGGUCAGGCCUUUGGAGUGGGGGCUUUCGAAGAAGAGGAUGAUGACAUCUACGCCCGCGACGACAUGACCCGCUAUGACUUCUCGCUGGCGGACAAGAAACCCAAGCAGAAGAAGCAGCAACACGUCCAGGAGCGCCACGUCAUCGAGGGCUUCAGCGAGGACAAGUCCGGGGCAGCUCUCCAGAAGCCUUACUCCAUAGAUCUUCCUCGUGACUUUCAACCCAGAAACUGGAUGCAGCGAAAGAGUCGCUUUGCUCCCAUGGACAAGGAACAGGCUAGAAAAUUGGAGACAAACACAGAGUACAAGCGCACAGGACUUGGCAGGCAUGAUCUUAAUCCUGACCAGCGGGCACGACUGCUGGGCGAGCAGAAAGCCGAAGAAAAGCGAGAGGAAGAGCCACCCAAGGGUAAUCCCUUCAAGGAUCGCGGUAAAUCCCUGCUAGAACGAAUCAAUGCCAGAACAGAGGGCUUUACAAAGGGCGGCGUUAUCACUGAGAGUGGCGAGGAGCAAGCCACCGAAAUGGCUAAGGAGGUGAGGGAAACCAAUGCGGUCGUACAAGAGAAAGCUGCUCUGAAGACCAAGGAUUUAGUUAGCCCUGCUUUAUCCUCCGGCACCUUCAAGCCCUUCCUGGCGGACGAGGCUAAACAGCUCCGCUAUGAUAAGUUUGUGGCCGCCAACUUAAAAGACGACGCAGCAAUAACUGAAUUCUUGGCCACCCUGCAGCCUGUCACACUCUCCGAAUGGGAUCGCGAGAUGGAAAAGAAGGAAUUCAUUCAGGCAGCCAAAAUUUAUCGACCUUUGGAUGGCCUCAUGAACGAUCGAUUCGUUUCGGAGGCCACUGUUCAGGCCGAGCAGGUCAAGGAGCAGCAAAAGGCACCGGAAGAGCGGACGGUUGUGAUGGAGCGAACGAAAACCAUGUGGAAACCAGCCUCAUUGCUCUGCAAGCGUUACAAUAUCGCGGAACCCUUUGGCGGUGACCUUCUGGAGCCGGAAAAGGAGCUCAAGGCGAAGCCUAAGAUUUCCGUUUUCGACUACCUCGAGACUUCUGUAAAUACCAAGGCCAACUUCCAAACUCCCACGAUUAUACCCAAGCACAUAGAGAAACCAAAGCCUAAGGAGGCGGAGAAACCAGCUCCCGCUCCACCUGCGGCAGUUCUUGAACAGGAGAAACCUCCACAAAAGGAGGUGGAGCCAGUCAAGUCCACUUUUGUGCCCAAGACGCCGUUGGAACAGGCAGUAGACGAGUCACGAAAUAAACCCAUUUCCGAGAAGGUUGAACUGUUCAAAAGCAUCUUCGAUGACAGUGACGAAGAAGAGGAGACAGUCAAGGCUGCUCUUACAAAUCCUGUUCAGGAUAAGCUGGCUGCCCUGCAGGAGGAGCUCGGUCUGCCUUCCAGCGCCUCCACUUCAGCAGCAGCUGUCAAUGUACUGAGGAACACUUCGCCACCCAGAGGAAUAUUUGCGGACUUCUUCAAGCCUGCCGAUAAGCAGGCACCCAAGGAGGCGGCCGCCCCGCCCAAGUUUGCUCCCAUUGAGGGAAACAAGAUGAAAAUCUCAUUUAAAUCCCGCGAAGAGCGCCUGAGAAACGACAAGGAACUGGCCGAAGUGCCGCCUGAGGAAGUGUACGGCCCAAAACUGCCAGAAGCAGCGCCUCAGAAGCCGGUGCCACCAGAGGAUCAAGCGGAGGCCAGCAUAGAUGCCAAGCUUCAGCAGCUUUGGCAGCAGCAUGCUCCGAAAAAACGAAAAGCUGAAAAGUGGGUGGAGAAAAAGGUAAUCUCCAGCAGCGAGGAUAGCGAAGAUAGUUCCAGUGAUGACUCUUCCUCAUCCUCCUCCGACUCCUCUGCGGUAAGCAAGGCCAAGAGAUCCAAGUCCAGCAAGGCAAAGAAAUCCCACAAGAAUUCCACAUCGAAAAAGUCGAAGAAAUCCAAACUGAAAAGCAAGAAAAAGUCAAAAAAGAGCGACCGACCCAAGCACAAGACGAAGAAAAAGAAGAGUAAGCACUGAAUUUCGGUAACGAAAUGGAAAAGAAAACUUGAAAUUGGUGUCGAUACGAUUGCAAGUUUGGUCGCGUAUCUCGCAGAUACAUCCGCUUGU